UAAAUUUUAAGCCCAUUUUUAUCAAGGAAGUCUCUUAUCAAUGGCUGUCCAAAUUAUUGAUGGACUCCAAACCACAUGCCAUGACAAGCACAAGCCUUUGUGUUAUGGUGGCAUUAGCUUGUCUGCUGAUACACAUUUGAUCGUCAAGCUCCCUGAUUCUAGGAUUUUUAAGCUUCUGUCUCGCUUCAUUGUGAUCUUGGCCUUGACCAUUGUUUUAAUUCCUUUGUUACGAAUAGGAUCAAUUAUCAGCAAGGAAUCUGCGAGCCCUGCUGCUGAUGCAAUCAAGCCAGAAUUUGGCUCUACUGAUCCCGUCAAUCUGGAAUUCUUGCCAUUAAUCUUUCGUGAUUUGAACAAGCAAGGCAUUCUGAAAAUGGGAAACAAAGGACUAAUGCUAAGCAAUGAUGAUGAAGAGGCCAUUCAUUGUUCUCUGUUCUUGAGGAGAAGUGAUAUGGAAUUCGUUUCUCUCACGGAUUUGGAACGACAAAGCUCAAUCCCUAACGAGUCAUUUGACUCAGCCUUCACGCGGAACUUCCGAGCAGCCUCAGAAUUCAUUGAUCGCACUCUCAAAGUCGGUGGCAUUGUUGCUGUUCAGUUGAAUGGAAGGUCCUUCCUUUCAUUCGACAAGCCAUCCAAUUACAGAAUUGUCUACUACAGCAAAUCUCAGUCAAACAUUUUGGUAAUGAAAAAAAUCGAGUAUUCUAAGACAAUCUCCAGCACCCAGAGGCGGCUUUUGGGGUACACAUUAGAAGCAAAGAAGGCAGCAUUGAAGAAACUGGAAGAUGUGCUUCUUGAACCACCAAGAGCAGCUUCAAGGAGAUCAAAAACUUACCUAAAGCGAACCAAGUACCUACCAGACUUGUUGGGAGACACACUUGAAAGCUAUCCUCGUCGGGUGUUCAUUGAUGUAGGCGUGCCAGAGAAAGAAGGUGGUAGUGGCCCAAGUUGGUUUGCCAAGAAUUAUCCCACGAGGAAUCUGAAAUUUGAGAUGUACAAGAUUGAGACCUUGACCAAGGAGUCUUCAAGGAAGGACGUGCCUCAGCUGGCGGAAAUUGGGAUGUCGGAUUGGCUGAGGAAGAAUGUGAAGGGGGAAGAGUUUGUGGUGAUGAAAGCAGAGGCUGAAGUGGUUGAAGAUAUGGUAAAGAGCAAGUCAAUCAGGUUGGUAGAUGAACUAUUCUUGGAAUGCAAGCCUCAAGGAGAUGAUGGAAGAAAGAACAUGAGCAAAAGGGCUUACUGGGAAUGUUUGGCAUUGUACGGAAAGCUAAGGGAUGAAGGUGUUGCAGUGCAUCAAUGGUGGGGUUGACAUAGUAAGAUUUUAUUAAGUAGUAAGAAUCGUGUUAAGGUGAGAGAGAGAGAGAGAGAGAGAGAGAGAGAGAGAGAGGUUACCAUAAAACAAGCAAAAAGAGUAGUUGUUUAAGUAUGUGUUUGUGUGUGCUUGUAUUGAAAUUUCAUGAUGAAAACUGUGUUGGUAUUUCGAAGAAGGUAGACUGCGGAGAGGUGUUUUGAGAGAGAUCAAUUGGUGGGGUGUUUUUCUUUUCUACGGUGGGCUGUUUCUUUUGUUACGAGAGAUUUUCAAAGGUUGGUCCUUUCAUCACUUUGGAUAUCGUUUUGUGGACAUAUUUCAUAAGACAAAAAAAAAUUAAGGGAAUUCAAGAAUUUUCAUUUGUAUGCAGCUCAAGAACAUCAUAUCAGUCUCUUGAUGCUAUUGAUUUUUCUUUUUAGUAAGUCUUCAUUUCGAGAUUCCAACAUGCAUACAGCUUUUGAUUUAUAUUCAUUAAUAUUAUUUAUAUUUUGUUA